AUGAGGCUAGAAGACCUGUUUGUUAGGCUAAGAGAAGAUCCGUCUGCAAUGCCUGAGAUAGAAAGAGAAGUCCAGAGGUGUGUGGACUCUCCUGAUCUUGCACCUGCAAAGGAGCUGAUGAAUUCCACAAUCCCUGAGGUCACCUUCUAUGGUCUGAAGGUUAUUGAGCACAGAAUUAAAAGCAAGAAGAUGUCAAAUAUUUCUCCUGAAGAGGAGAUGAGCUUUAUGUCAGAUGUAGUUCAAGUUAGCAAUGCCGACAAAGCAGCGCAGGUAUUUGCCUUACUCGGGAUUUAUGAAUGGCCCUCUAACUUUCCUCAGUUCUUUUCUAUCAUCAUUGACCUUCUUUCUCAUAGAAAGGAAAUGGGAUACAAGAUCCUAGAGAACUUUCUCUAUCUGUGCAACUACAGCCAAGAAAUUAAUGAGGAAAGAAAGGAUGAGCUAAAGAGAGGAUGUGGGGUUAUGUCACAUGCAUAUAUGCCUUUAUUCGAUGAUUCCAUGGCCAAGCACAUUAUUCCAAUACUGACCGAAUCUCUUAAGAUGAUGCCUCGAACCUUUGACUGCAGUAUAGUAUUAAGAAGAGGUAGCGAGUUUCCUGACAAAACCAUUGAGUUCUUGAAUGACGGGAUGGACAUGCUUGAUGUAGAGAGCGUUAUUGAUCUUGCAUCUCACAUGGACAUUUCAUAUGGGAUGAUCAUGUGCUUCAACAACUUAAAGGAUAAGGCACCUCGGGUGGGGAAUGUCAAGAAGAUGUAUGAGUAUGUCUUUAAGGGGCUUCGGAAGGAUUUGAUUACCUUUUCUGCAUCCAUUGAGUUUUGGACAAAGCUCUUCAGCCGUGACGGGGUAGAGGAGAUAGUUGGAGAGGUGCAGACAGAAGUUGUUUCGAUUUAUCUUAGUAUUGAUGAAAGGCAAAGAACAGAAAUAGAAGGUGAAGUAUUUGGACUCUUCAAUGUUAUCUGUAGAAACUAUCCAAACAUUGCCAUCAGCUUCAUUAAUGUUAAUGGGGACUGUAUCGGAAGAAAGCUUGCCCUCUACUUCCUAAAGAAGCUAUUUGGGUCUUCUGCUUCAAGUAUUCCAAACGACUUAACAUUCAGAGAUCCUGUUCUGCGCUGUUCAUUAGCCAUCUAUAGAAAAGACCUCUCUGCUGUGGAUUACAUUCAAUAUUUCGAUCUUGGCGAAAAGGAAGCCUGCAGACUUGUUAUUAAGAUCCUUGAGAUGUUUCCAUUGUCAAUUCCCCAACUCGAGAACAUACUAAGUAGGUGUAAUAUCCCUGACAAAACUUAUGCAAAUGAGGUUAUUGCAGAGUGUUUUACAAGGCUUGGGCGAGAGGAGGAGUUCACCGAGAGAUGGACACGGGACGAGACCAUAAGAUUCUUCUUCUACCUAAAGAGGCAGCCAGAGAAGUUCCGUAGAUUUGCAGGAUCCUAUUACAGAGCCUUUCUGGAGAAAUCACCUUUCGAUAGAUGUUUUGCCAUUCUCAAAAUGCUAGGAGAUGUUCCUGAAGAAAUACUUCGAAAGAUUUAUUCUGAUAUAGAUACCUAUCCAGCCAUUGAUAUCUCCUGCUUCAAUAGAGACCUUCUGGGUUAUUUGAAGAAUCCAAAUCCCUUCAUCCAGAAAGAGAUUACUAGACUUAUCAACGAAUGGAGAGUUUCUGAGGAUCCAGGGGAUCUUGUUGCAUGUGUGAAGUCAUUGGUGCAUGUGAUUGGAAGUGCGUCAAGCCUCUCUGGAGGACAUAAGUUCUGCCCAUAUGUCAAUGAAUUGAUUGAAAUUCUCCAAGUGGACGAUCCAACAGUUGUGAAGAAGGUAUCUGAAACGUUCAACAGUCAUACGGGGCCGUUUGACACACACAGAGCUGUUUAUCUUUUCAUGGUGUCAUAUAAUUCAGGAGCACUUGAGAGUGCACAUUCUUCAAUCAUAUCAUCUCUUACCAUAUGCAUAAAGCAAAAAGAUGGAGCAAAUGCCUUCAGUGACACUUUAGGAAUAGAUCAGUCGGCAUGUAUAAACCUAAGAGAGGACGUGCUGAAAUCCCAGACAAGAAGAGCUCAGGGUCUCGUCAGAGCCUUUUUACACUCCUACAAAGGAAAGCCUCUUAAUUCUCUCUACGCUAAUGACUUCAAAGUUAAAGGACAAAACUUCCUUGAAAAGAUCCCUACAAGAAAGGAAAUCGAGCUUGAGAUAGAAAGAUCCUUUUUCGAAGACGGGGUUCAAUAA